GUCCCCAUACACCCAGGUUGUGCCACUCCUCCCAUGAAGUGUCAGCAUCAGUACGUCAGUAGUCAUUCGGACCUCCCGCUUGUUGACCAACCCAGAACGCCAAAGUCAUGGAUGAGAUCCGCAAGGCCAUCGCCAGGCACGGCAACAUCUGGUCGCCACAAACGAAUACGGAGAUGAUGGAGCUUUACGAGCCACUACACGCGCAACGAGCUCCUGAAUUCGAAGCGACAAUAGAGGUCGAGAAAGGGAUCAAGUACGGCAGCGAUGCUCGACACCGAGUCGAUGUGUACCGACCAGCGAGAGCGCCAGAGCCAGGAGUUGUCCGAUCGGCAUUACCCGUGGUGGUCUUCUUCCAUGGAGGAGGGUUCACGUCGGGCGAUACUGACAUCACGCCGUCGAUGCAUGGAAACAUUGGCCACUUCCUAGCGAGCAACGGUUGCAUUGGCAUCCUCGCCACCUACCGGCUCCUGCCGGAGGCGCGAUAUCCAUCGGGCGGGGAAGACGUGUCGCUCGCGCUGCGAUGGGUGUGGGAUCACGUCAGCCAGUACGGCGGCGACCUGGCGCGCAUCACGGCAGUUGGGCAGUCGGCAGGGGGCGCCCACCUGGCCUCGGCGCUCUGGGACGGCCAUCUGCACCGCGCCGGCCAAGGUGUAGAUCUUCACCUCGCCGGCGUGGUCUUGCUGAGCCCGCCCAUGUCGUAUGACCUGCGCUUGGCACGCCGGCGCGCCAACAUGCUGCAGUAUCACAACACCGACAGUGACGAGUAUAUCCUCGACCGUACGGGAGUGUCCGUCUUCAGCCGCUACGCCAAUGCCACAGUUGACAGCAAGGACAAUCCCGCGCUCGAGCCCAAGCUACUGCUCAUGGUGGCGGAGCUCGACUCGGACGAAAUCGUAGAGGCCAACCUUGCCUUUGUGGACGCGUACCGCGCCAGGUAUCGGCGGAUGCCCCUUUUCGAGGUCGUGGCCGGCCACAAUCACAUCUCUUAUACGUUGGCCAUCGGGCUCCCCGAACAAGAUCCUGUGGGCAGGCGGGUUCUGGCUUUUGCAACCGCAUGAUGCAGGCAUCCAACUUGUCCAAUUUUGCUUCCGUCAGAGUUGGCUUUCGGUGGAGACAUGCUCAAAUUUUGACAAGUUGUAUAAAUGGUGGAUGGGUGACGGUGAUGCGCACUCGGCCAAUUGGGGGGAGACGUAUGAAGGUUUUACAAGGCAGAUAGAAGUGGAGCUCAUAGCGAGCAACCUACUAUAUGCGGAUACGUAGACCUGGGAACUUUGGGUGAGGGGGGCCAUUGCUCAGACGAAAAGUCGAGGCUACUACGCUCCACAAGAAGUCUGCAGCCAUUUGGAUUUCGUAUCUUCUCUUUCCAGCAUACAUGUGCACCCACCUCGUGCCAGGAUAACAGACGCGAUUCUCGAGGCCAUGAGUGCAUUUGUAGAGAUACUUACAGCACCUCAUUUACAGCACCGCAGCACAGUAUCGACGCACUCCGCGUAAUCUGCAGUGAAUGCAGAUUCGGGGUGAUCGAUGGUGAGUCCCACCUAGGCAGC